GACUUUAGCUCUUCGUCAGUUGCGUACUCUUCCGUUCAAGCAGCUUGUGACAUUUUUUUCUGUUACUACAAGAUGUUUACUUGGAUGAGCCGUGCGAAUUUCAACGAGGAUCCUGAUAAUAACUGCCUUAGACGUUGGGAUGUCGGAAGGACGGACGAAGUCUGUACAUAUACAAAUUGAGCCGAAUCAGUUACUUGCGGGAAAGGAGGAUCCAUCUGCUGGCGGGUCUGGAGGUAGCCGCCACAAUAGCAAUGGCGUACUGUCGCCGUAAAGGCCGUGCCAACAAAAUUCUCCCCUGCCUUAUUUAGCGUAAGUCAAUUGUGCACGCGGUAAUCCGCCGGAUAAACGGUGCUUCGUAUGUGGUGCUACGGCUCAUGGUGACAAGAACUAUUUGUGUUUCUCGGUGAUGAAAAGUGGCGUUUUUCGGUGAUUAUAGUGCCUCGGUUUUCCCCACUGUGGAGUGACCGCCGAUUGCUGAGCGGCACGCCAUCCUGCUGUAGCUGACUGAGCUCUAUACUGUAAAGAGAUUAAAUGCUAUGAACACAUAGCAACACAGGUCUAGUAGAGGUGCCAUGGAUGAUGAAGAGCGUCUUGAGGGUGAGGAAGAAAUGGAACUAGAUGAAGCUUCCGAUGGUGAAGAUGAAGAUGAGGAAACAACAGGGAUACCUGUUUCUCCAGCAAAUUCCGAUCAAUUGCUAGGCUCUGCACCACCAAUUCCUGGUAAUAAGGAAGCACAAAAGUUUGUUUCUCUUGCAGUAACCCCGGAUGAAGCUUUUCAUGAUCCUCUACGGUACCAGAAAUUUCCACUUCCUGGAGGUAAACCUUUAAAUAUUAGAAGGGGUCCAGGUAGACCCAGAAAAGAACGUCCACCUGGAAUUACACGUGGAGGUGGUACUCGUAGACCUUUCGGAAGAGGAACUACAAGGGGCAAAGGUCUCGGAUAUGCGAGAGGCAUACCGCGUCGUACUAAAAGUAAAGAUGAUGAUACGCAUUCUGAAUCCCCGAGCCCUCUUCGUCUUGGUGAAGAUGCUAACCCUGAUGGAGAGUCAUCUAAUACCGAGAGAUGUAUGCCAGCACCAGAAGAGCCUCCAUAUUUUCCAGAACAAUGGCCCGGGAAAGUCUGUGCUCUGUGUAAUUUGGGUGAAAGAAGUCAACUAGGUCAAGGUGAAUUGUUAAGAUUUACCUGUCCCGAAGGUUUUACUCCCGAGAAGUCCACCAAUCGUGACGAAACAACCGAUCAUCUUGUUGAUAUAUCUACUGGAGACAAAAGUCCACGUGCAGCAGGUCCCGGUGCUGUGACUUGCCGCAGACAGAAGAGUUUAGCUAAGUGCAGGAAUACUAGUCUAACAAAUUUUACGGAACCAGUGGAGGAAUUAACUAUAGUUGGGUAUUUAGAAGAGCCGGAAAUAGGAACAUUAUUUGAAUCAAAUGGACACUAUUAUGUUCAUCAGUCGUGUGCAGUAUGGUCAAGCAAUACCCAAGACUUAACAACAGAAAUUUUAAGUCCAGCAAUAGUACAGGCUUCAUCGAGGCGUUGUGCUUAUUGUUCUCAUUAUGGAGCUGGAAUUCCUUGCAAGGUGGCAUCGUGCAAUCGUUAUUUUCAUUUACCAUGCGCUGCAGCUUCGAGUUGUUUCCAGGAUACAAAAAGUUUGUCCCUCUUUUGCAGUCAACAUCUGGGACAAGUUCCGCUUUUGUUGAACGGUGAUGUUACUUGUAUGCAGUGCUGUGGAAUGGGGGAUGUUUCCAACUUAGUAAUGUGUUCUAUCUGCGGCCAACAUUACCAUGGCAGUUGUGUCGGUUUGGCACUGCUGCCUGGUGUACGGGCUGGUUGGCAAUGUGUAUCUUGCAGAGUAUGUCAAGUGUGUCGUCAACCAGAAGAUGUUUCAAAAGUAAUGUUGUGUGAACGAUGUGAAAAAGCGUAUCAUCCUAGUUGUUUACGACCAAUUGUUACAUCUAUACCUAAAUAUGGUUGGAAGUGUAAGUGUUGCCGUGUAUGUACAGACUGUGGUUCGCGUACACCGGGCGCUGGUUUAUCAUCACGGUGGCAUUCUCAUUACACCGUAUGUGAUUCGUGUUACCAACAAAGGAACAAAGGUUUUUCGUGUCCUCUUUGUAGAAAGGCAUAUCGGGCUGCCGCGUAUAGAGAAAUGGUUCAAUGUAGUGCAUGUAAAAAGUUUGUUCAUGGUACCUGUGACCCUGAGGCUGAUCCAUUAACUUACCAGCAUCGUAAAGAUUCUAAACCUGACUAUGAAUAUGUUUGUCUACACUGCAAAAACAUGGCACUUGUAAAAAGGAAGGAUAAUAUUGAUGAUUACGGUGGAGACUUAAGUUUAAGUGCGUCGCAAGAGAGUCUAUAUGGUGAUGGAGAUUCGUCUGAAUUUGAUUAUCAAGGUGGAUCAGAAGAAGCUUUGUAUUCUAUAGGCCUUGGAAAAGGAAAACCGUUCUGUGCAUCCAAGAUUGCAAAGAAAAGAUUAGGGCUUGGAAGUGGAUUAAUUGGUCGGCCGAAAGGAAUUGGUAAGCUUGGAUACCAAAAACGACAGAAAAUGACAGAGUUUGGAAGGAAAAGAGGUCCCAAAGCAAAGAUGAGAGGUAUCUUUGGAGUACCUGGUGUAGGAUUACAGAGACCAAUGUCGGACUCAUUUUCGAAGGAAGAUGAACCAGGCAUUGAAAAUAGACUUGUAUUAUGUUCAGCAAAAGAUAAGUUCGUAUUGACCCAAGAUAUUUGUGUCAUGUGUGGUGCAAUUGGCACUGAUCAGGAGGGGUGCUUAAUUGCUUGUGCACAAUGUGGUCAAUGUUAUCACCCUUAUUGCGCUAACGUAAAAGUUACUAAGGUAAUAUUGCAAAAGGGUUGGCGGUGCCUUGAUUGUACAGUAUGCGAAGGUUGCGGUGAAAGAAAUGACGAGGGUCGUUUGAUUUUAUGCGACGAUUGUGAUAUCAGUUAUCAUAUUUACUGCAUGGAUCCGCCAUUGGAUUAUGUGCCGCACGGCACUUGGAAGUGCAAAUGGUGCGCGCAUUGUCAAACAUGUGGUUCGAACGAUCCAGGAUUCAAUAGCAGUUGGCAGAAGAAUUAUACGCAGUGUGGCCCUUGUGCAUCUCAUACUGUCUGCAUAUCUUGUCAAGAGGCGUACAACGAUGGGGAUCUAAUUAUACAAUGCAUCCAAUGUGAAAGAUGGCUGCAUUGUGCAUGCGACUCUAUCAAGAGCGAGACGGAGGCAUAUAAAUGCGCGGAAGAGGGUUAUAUAUGUAUACUUUGUCGUCCAAGAGAUGUUCCACCGCCACAUCUUUUAUGCAAUCAACCAAAACCACAACCAAACAAAUAUCCCCGUUCUCCACCGCCCGCAUCACGCAGUCCGGAAUUAUAUAAACCAUCACCUCAACAGUACUUGGUCGACGGAGUUUACCUAUCCGAAGCUGGAAUGAAUCACAUUAAAUCACUAACAUCCGAACAUCAACAGACACGGAAGAAAAGAAGAAAAAUGCAUCCCUUGAUAGACAAAGAAGCCGACAUAAUGGCUACAAUAGAGUCUGUGGUUGCCGGUGGCAGUUUAGAUAAUUCCUUAGAAGAAAAUGGAGCAAAAUUAGAUCUAACCGAUGUGAAGGAUGAACCUACGGAAGUACUGAAAGAAGGCAUGGUAUGGACACCACGCGGCGACCAACCACCACCCGAAGGCUUUAGUAUUUACACAACUGAGAAUGGUAUACCAAUUUUGCGACGUAAACGCCAACGUAACUUGCAGAAGUUAGGUAUUGGAGGUUUUAUCGUCAGAUUAAGAGGCACUCGCAAGGACAAAGAGGAAGAUGGUGACCCCGAAAAGCAAUCGGACUCUACAGUUGGCGUGAGCGACGACAAGCCGAGGAGGAAACCGCAGAGAAGAAAACCAAAGACAAAACUAUCUGAAUGUUUUCCUCUCUACAUGCAAGAAGCAUUUUUCGGCAAAGAUCUUAUGGACACGACCAAAGACAAGGAACUGGAGAGCAGCAGUGAGUCGGAUAGCGAAAAGAAUGUGUCUGGGAACGCGGACACCAUUCAGCUAUCGCAAGAUGAACUGAAAGCGAUGGAGCAAGUUAAAGCCAAGCAAGAGAAGGAGGAAGAGAAGGUACCUACGGAACCUCCCAUCAAACGAGAAGAAAUUAUGGAAGACGAUGGCAGUGAUACGGAAGCUCUUGGUGACAUUUUACCUAUUUCAAGCGAUUUGCUCGAUAGCGAUCUUGUCAAUACUAUCAUGAACGAACCCGACGAAGACUUAGCCAAAGCUGGCGAAGCGUUGGAUGAGUUGGAUGACACACCGGGCACGACUAAAGAUGAACUGACAGAUAUUCUAAGUCCACAUUUCAAUUUAGAAUCAAUGGUCAGAGAUACAGGAUUACCUAACAUGGAUAGCAAAGAUAUCGAAGAGAUAUUUAAAGGGGUUUUAACUGAUGAGUCCCAAGAAUCUCAAGAAUCGUCGGUAUUUUCCGUUCAAGCUCAACCUCCUCAUCCUGCAUCUGCCACAACACCUCUUGUGUCCCCCUCACCUCAUCCUGGUAUACAAACGACAAUACCUAUAGCAAGACCACAAGUACCUGGUACACUACCCUCUGUUGGUCAAUCUAAUUUAAAUUCUCCGAUGAGCUUUCCACCGCCGUCUCCAUAUCAUUCAGAGUAUAGCAAUAGCCCACAAUUCAGUCCUGCUUUCUCUGAACCACCAAGUCCAUGGGUUAAUCCCGACGACGAAGGUUCGACACCAGCAGGCAAUACUACAAUAUCAUACAACCAAAGAAGUAAUCUUAAAAUGGAAGCCGAUGAAGCUCUAGGUGGAGGAGCUACUAUAUCUUCUGUACUCUACGCGAACAUUAAUCAUCCAGAAUGGAAAACAGAUUACCCAGCUUGGUCAGAGAGAUGCAAGCAAAUAUUGAAGAAGUGGCGUGCACUACCCAAUGACAAGAAAGCUCCGUAUUUAACUCUUGCACGGGACAAUAGAGCAGCAAUUCGUAUGAAAAAGACUCAACAGAUAUCCAAGGAUAUACCAAGCACGACCCCAGUCACUGCAACAAGUGCACCUACCAUCAUCACCAAACCCGUCACAACUAUGACAUCAGCUCAAGUUUCUCCAGUAGUAGCUAUGGCCUCCAACCAAAGGCAGAUCGGACUUCUGACCUCAGUGGCCAGUGAAAAAUCACAGGAUAAGAACGGAAUGACUGUGUCUGCGACUGGAGUGACAGUAUCAACAGCUAGCAGUAAUCAUCAUGCGGAGGUGUGUGCGGUGCAGGGACCGCAGAAGCAGCUAACAUCUUCUUCCCCGAGUCCUUCUCCAACAUCCACGACCCCUUCUUCUUCACCCAGACCCAGUUCUGUGAACUCUAUUAAUUCCAUUAACAGCCUGGCCCACCAAGAGAUUACCGGUAGCCAGGCUAAAGUAGCUCAGUCGCCAGCCACGCCUUGCACAUCAGCAACUGCUUCUUCUUACUGCAACACGGGCGCCGGUGAAGGGCAGCAUCAAACGUCACCAUCCCAGCAACGUCCCACACCUGCUCACAUUACGAUCAGUACCAGUACAAUUGCUAACAGUCUGACCAUCUCUCAGGCAUCCCCCACUGCCAACGUUAUGGUGGGGGUAGGUCCUGUUCGCCAAUUAUCCUCGGUAGACCACCAGAUUAGAGUGCUCACCCCAUCUGAAAUCAUGCGCACCCUCCCUUCCCUCAGCCAGGAGCACUACGAUCCGCCACCCACUGCAAUUAUUCACACUGUACCUGUACAGUCCCCGGCUAUGGAACAAGAGCGACUUUCCAAUAGAGAUCGUUCCAGUAGAGAAGCAGAACAGGAACGUCAAUGGAAACAGUUGCAAGCGUUACGACAGCAACAAGCACAGAUGCAGCAACAAGUUAUUCACGAGCAACGUGUACACGCUAUUGCAAGAGUUCAUAGACAAAUAAGUGAAGACAAUACAACUCAAAUGAGUACCGACAAUACUACAGGAUUAACAACGCAACUACAAGUGUCUACUGCACAGGAUGGAAAUCAUAUGGGACCACUUGCGUCACCGUCACCUGGAUCGCGCAACACAUUCGCCACUCCUCCUGUGAAGGUGACACGAGGACUAGCGCCUCAGAGUCCCCAUCAGAGUAUACCGCGUUUACCUAAUCAACCCUGUGCAACGAUGACACGCCCAGUUGGAGCAGUGGUUAGGCCCGGGAUGCCGAAUAAUUUUACACAACCACCCUCGCCGUUUUCUCCGCAAGCUCCGCAAUCCCCACACGAUUUUCCACAAUCUCCAGCCUCUUCGCAAUCUCAAGAUCAUUUUCAACGUUUCGACAAUGCCGAAGCGUAUUCCCAAGCCUCUCAAACAUCCAGGUCGCAAAUAUCCGGCACACCCUCGUAUUCCACGUCUCCCAGAAGCGAUGUGUUCUCUCAACCACCAGGUACACCGCGGCCUAUGUUUAAUGCUCCUACUACCACUCGUCCUUCCGCUCAUGUAUACGCUCCGUCUCGUACACCUGACCCGUACAGUAGUCAACCGCCCACACCUUCUCCUGCUCCGAAUUAUCCUUCACCGAGGCCAGAGUCUCGGCAAGAACCGCAACCGCCAGAAGUAUUUAAUCAACAGCCGGAAGUCAAUAGGCAGUUGCGUGAUCUUCUGCAACGGCAGCAGUUUAACAAGAAGAUGGAUCCUGUGAACCCAACGUGGAAUCAAGAUGGGCAGAAUAAUUCUGAAAAUAAUCAACAGCAGUUUGAUGCGGCGCAUGUGCAACUUCCGCAACAUUCUCAGGCGGCUAGCAGCACGGGUGAAGGUACUUUCAGGCAUCCUUUACCUCCUGGGAUCGUGAGACCCAGGAUGCCCAUUCAGACGAAUGUUUUAAUAAGGAAUCAAAUUGGUAUAAAUGCGCGACAUCCUGUGGCGGGAAAUGUUGAUGCCAGAGUGCAAAAUAUUGAUCCUCGAACUAGAAUGUUGUUGCAAAGACCACCGGUCGCUGCGGCUAUACCUCAACAACAUUUUCAAGGGAAUCAGAACUUGCAGACACGUAUGCCAGCCGUAAGAAAUCCUAUAACGGAGCCAUACGAUGUUUUACAACAACAAAGGUUUCCAGAUCCUAAUCAAGGGCAAGUUAUGGGACCGCGUAUAGUGCGAGCGUCGCAGGACAAUUUGAAUCAAGGAAUCAGAAUGUUGAGUACGCAAGGGAUGGUGCGGGCGCCCCUCAUUCCAACAACAGUCAGCGAAGCUACUGUCAGUCCAUCAGAGCCGUCUGAGAUUCCGGAUAAUGUGACCGCAGAGCUUGAAAAAUUGGAACAAGAGGGAGCACCGAUGGUCGAGGUCGAGGGAGUGAGUGCAAUAUUAGGAGAUCUAGACGACGACGAUGAACUGCUCGCUGAAAUGGGAGCGGACUUUAAUAUCCUAGAGUAUGCCGACCCAGAACUAGAUAACAUAACCGGUGGCGAGAAAACAAAUAUACUUGAUUUAGAUUUGGAGCAAGUAGAAGUAGAAACAAAAGACGAGAAACAAAAGAAAGAAGUUAAGGACGAGGUACGGAAGUCAACGGAAUUAAGCACCACGAGUGCGGUGCACACCGAUAUAAGCGACACCUGUACGACAACUACGGUACAGACACCGACGGAAACGUCGAACGUGCCAACACAAGCACAGACUGUACCACCAAUUACUGUAACAUCACAAACACCGCAACAACCAUCCACUAUCAUGCCUCAGUCGCAUGCGCAAGCCGUUGUUGUACAACAACAAAUGCAUCAGCAUGUUCAGCAAGCCGCGGCAAUGGGUAGACCCAUGCCUCCGGGAACACGGUUACUAUCACCUGACGGAGCAGUGGGUGUUGUUACGUCGACCAACACUGUUACUGUCAGUUAUCCGUCCACAUUCCCCGGACAUCCUCAAAGAAUACCACAGACACACAUUCAAGUAUCUCCGCAGCAACGUUUAAGUAUGAGAGUAGCAGGUGUACCGAAUGUGGCCGGCAGAGUAGUUGCAGUGAACCACAUGAUCGGACCACGAAUGCCCCUCGCGCCACCACCACCACCACCUCCACCCCCAUAUCCUGGGCCACCGCCACCAUACCCUGGACCCAUACAGAUGGGACUGUGCCCAGGUGGGCGGGGUAUGACGCGGCCCCCAGUCCAUAUAGGGCACCCAGUACCGGUGGCGGGUCCACCAAUGGCCCCUGUGGUACAUACUGGUACACCCGCAAUGACACCUCACCCUCACCGAAGACCCUUGCUUCUGCAGUCGUUUUCACAGGAACAACCGUUGUUGCUGGAGGAACUGUUGGAGCAAGAAAAACGCGAACAGGAGAAACAGCAACAGCAACAACAGCAGCAACAGCAUCCGAGCGAUAACGCAAGUUCUGGAGGACCUCUAAUUAGCGACAGUGAGUUUGAAAGAUUUAAAGCAGACGUUUUGGGUUCUGCACCUCUUGCUUCUCCUCCACAAGGAAUUACAUCAGUACCUGGAGGAGUUCCUGUAAUUAGGCCACCUUGCACGCCAAGACCACCAUCCGCUCCAGGUACCAGUUGGCAGCAAUCGGUACCAGAUGCUUCGAAACUAACAACCCAAGUGCCAAGGCAACCAAUAGCUACACAGACACCGCCUGAACCGAGGGUUGCAACCUUCAACAUUUCCCAAAUACCCGCUCCACCCACGCCGCCGGAGACUAUCGUGAACGAACAGGAUCGCCAAGUACAAGUGCAGUAUGAACAGUGGCUGAACCAUCAGCAUCAAGUGUUGAUCCAGCAACUGAAGUAUUACGAAACUGAGGUACAAAAGCUGCGUAAAAUACGAAAAUCCCUCAAUAGUAAACAGCGGCAGCUCCGGAAAUCCGGGAACGAACUAACCGAGAACGAUGCGGCUGAACUCCAACGGAUCUCCAGCGAGCAAGCUAUACUGCAGAAACAUCUGGACGCGAGUCGCAAGCAAACCCGGCAACACGGGAUGCUGAUACAGGAGUAUCAGAGCAAACAGCAACAGAGACAGCCGCAACAGCAGAGCAGCGAGCCAUGUUCACCUUUGAUGUCGCCGUCCCAACAGUCGCCGAUGCACAGUCCCGCGGCGGUCGUUUCGCAGAGUCCAGGCCCCGGGAACGUCGCUACCAGUAUGAUACAGCAUUCGCCAGCCACACCCAUCAUUCAGCACAGUCCGAACCCACCGUUGCUUCAACAUAGUCCUGGCAACCCGCAAUCCGGAAAUCCUGGAACAAUGUCUCCACACAACAUGCAGCAGUCGCCUAGAAUUGGAACUCCGCACUCGCAGAGCGAAGAAAGUCCUUUCAGUCCUGGUGCUAUGCCGUCUCCAGGAAUGUGUGUCCCCACAGCCACCAGAAUGACAUCGCCUCAACACCGCGCCAUUAUCACCGGAAGGCUUGCAACAAGCCCGGGCGCGUUUACUCCAGACGCGCGAAACACGCAGCAAAUUAUCGGAGACCAAGGGGUCAGGGUUCACGGCCUUACUCAACGUUUCGUCCGUCCGCCUGCCGUGGGAGAACCCGGACAGAGGCCCAGAUUGCAAUUGCAAGGUGGAAUCGUGUACGGGCAACGUUCACCCCUUGGAAGCCCUCAGCCGACCCAACAGACUUUAAUAAAUCAGCAGCAUCAACAGAUGUUGCAGCGCCAACAAAUUAUCCAACAGCAGCACGACAACGCUGGGAUUCUACAAGAUGGGCAAAACGCUAUAACACAGCGUACCUUACAAAUGGCACAGCAGAGGCAACAACUGCUGCAACAACAGCAGCAGCAACAACAGCAAAGACAGUUCUUGCAGAUGCAACAGCAGCAGCAGCAACAACAGCAACAACACACCAUGCAGAAGCCGCCGAGUUCGCCGAUGGUUUCGCAGCCAGCAAAUUCUCCGAGUCCACAGCUUCACCAACAGAUUCAACAGAAUUAUGGACAACCGCCGAGUUCGCCUAUGCCCCGUAGCCCAAUGGUUCAACAGACGAUGGGAUCGCCGAUGCUCCAGCAACAAUUGAGUCAAACCUCGCAGCCUCCUAGUCCUAUGAACACGAGGAUUCACACCCAUCCACCUAGCUCGCCGAUGAUAUCGCAGUAUCAACCGCCGAGUCCCAUGUCACGGAAUCAUCCGUCAACGUCGCCGAUGUUGCAACAUCAAUUAAGCAACGCGCAUCAUCCGCCAACGUCUCAGCCGCCUAGCUCGCCUAUGCCUAGAAGUCCGAUGGUCGGUGGGUCCCCCAUGCAAAUGCAGAGAAGACAGUCUACCGGCAAUAGUCCAGCAAUGCCGGAUCGACCGCAAAGCGUAGAGAACCCGGGAACCCCGAGGACGCCUCACACUCCGCACACACCGCAUACGCCGCAUGGUACUUACGCAACUCAGAAUUCGGGCAACAUCUCGGUGACGAACGAACAGCAGCAACAGAUACAACAACCGCACCAACAUCAACAACAGUCGCAGCAAGAACAGACUCAAUCGACGGACCACUCGAACAGAGGCGGUGGGAAUCCGCACAAUCCAAUGAAUCCGAUCCCGUUGUUCAGCACCUUUGGACGAUUCGGCUACUUCAAGCUGGGCUUGAGAGGCGGUUCCCCUAUGUGGUCGACGAAAGCUGAGACAAGCAAAGGCAAGACCUCCGAGUCGCACUUGUUGAACAUCGACGAAAAACCUAACACCUCUGUGGUGGUGCACAGAAAGACGGGUAUCCCGCAGUCGAAGAUAAACUCGUUGGUAUGCGCAGAUUACAACGAUUUCGACGACGAUUCCCAUACGCCGCCGCAAACACCGCCAACUUCUUUGGAGAACAAACAAACAACGUCGUUGUCCGAUAACGGGCCGUUGACUUUGGGUAGCCCGAGUAGCAAAAUGGAGCCGAUUCCUGACACAACGGAUUACGACGACGAUAAGACUAUAGUGAACACCGAGGUAACGUUGAGCUCUACCGCGCAACGGGACAGCGACGACAUCACGGUGAUAGAUCAGUUCGGUGACUCGGAGCUCGUCGAUGUUAUAUCGGGGCCCCUCGAAGGCGACAUGCCGGAGGAAUACGUGCUGUUCGAGCCUGGAAUGGUCGUGGACCUGUCCGCGGAUAGCAACGACUCUCUCUGUCACGCGGGCCACGAUUUGGUUCAAAUAUUGGAGAUCGAGAAUUCCGAAUCUCAGACGGACGAACCGAUACUCAGCGACGAGGACUUGGUACCGUCUCACACGAGAAACAAGAAAAGCCUUAGGCUGGACAUAGUGAGGACGUUGCAAUCCGGGAAGAGAUUGGUAGCGGUUACGGAUACCCCCGAGUCGCCUGAUCAAGAAGAGCUUCGGGUGGACCCCUCGCCUGGAUCGUACAUGGACCAAUCGCCCGAACAAGAUCUUAUGGUUUCUUUCGUCAGCGAAUCCGAAGUAGUUAUUAUUGACCCUAGUACAAAGUCGCCGGAAGACAAUUUGUCCAAAGAGUCGUGCACGGAGGAAGUCGAGAAGGCGGACAGCAUCGGUGUUCCGGAACCGUCGAAGGAGAACACCGUUUCCGAGUUGGUCGCGGAGGUUCAAUCAAAAUCCCAGAAAGAAUCAAAGCAGAAUAGAAGUCCCCCGUCCUUUCUGUUCUCCGAGAAAGUGUCGUAUAAUCAAAUGCCCCCAUCCAGUGUGCAUCACGCGAAUAUCGGCGUCUCGUCGAUGAGCAAGCCGACAGUGUCCUUAUCUACGCUCGGAAACGUAAAUAUUAGCACCAGCAAUGUAAAUACAACCACCGCAUCUGCCAACGUAUUGGUAGCCACGGACACGGCUGUUAAAUCGACCCCGGUGUUUACGACCUUGAGCAUCACAAAAGACAAUGUAUCCACUUCGUUCAAUAACAAAAAACAACUGCCAUCGACUAUGGCGAGCAUCGUCGCGGACGCCAAAAUCGCGGCUAAGCUUAGUCAAACGGCUUUGGAGAACAUCGCUGUCGGCGCCCAGAAUACGAUCAAGUCGGAUUCGUUGCUGAAAGUCAGCUUGCCAAGUACGGACGUUUUGAAACCCGUCACUACCGCGGACAAACUGUUGAUAUCGGCGCCAAGCUUACACAACGAGUACACGAGUUUCCUACAAAACACCAUCACGACCACGCUGGGGACGCUGAGCAACCCUACGAAAUUGGUACUGAGCGUGCAGCCGACCUCUGUUACGCUUUCCACGCCCAAAAUGUCUAUACCCGAGCUGCCCAAAAGGGAAACCGGAAAUAACUUGACAGUGGUAACGAAAGAAACUGCCCAGCUGGAGAAUUUCGAGAAGAUCUCAAAAGCGAAGAACGAGAUGGACGAGACCGAUCAUUUGGGGAAAAGUCUAGAAGAGAACAACGUGGAUUCGUUGAGCGUAAAUGUUACCACGAGCUCGACGAUAAGCUCGGAUUCAAUUUCGUCGGAUGACAAGAAGAACGAUCCUUUGAACACAACGGACGAAUUGGAGAGCAUGCUGGAAGCGAUUCAUAAUCCGGCCGAGAAUACUAUAAGCAGGGAGACGACUCACGCGGAUAGUAAAACGGACGCUGUUUCGUUGAAGAGGAUAUCGCCUGUGACGGAUGAUUUAUCGUUGGUAAACAUUUUAGAAAACGACGCGGAGUCUGUCGAGAACGAAAACAAAGAUGAGACUGUGACGACGACCACCGAAGCGCAAAGGAUUAGCAACAAACCAAAGGAGAUCGAGCCGAGCAUAGCGGACACCGGCACGCUAAGCGUGCCGCAGAAAGAAAAGAAACAACACCAACAGCACGAUGAAUUGUGCAGAGACAUCGAACCGAGCAAACCGUACGUACAGCACUGCCUGAACGAGGAGAAGAGCAUGAUGGACGAGUCAUCCGACGAUAUACUGGACAUGCUGCACAACAUAAUAUCGUCGAAGCCGGAAAUGGCCAACAGCGAAAUCCUUCAAGAAGAUAAUUCCAGGAAGUCGAUGAUGUACGAACUGCCGACACCGUUGGAUACGUUGCCUUUGAACAUUCUUCAGGAUUCUUUGAUGGAUCUGGAACAGGAGCCUUCGGACAACGAACAUCUGUUGUCGAACGAGAGCAAAGGACCAAAGCCGCGGAAAGCGAAUUCUCCGCCUGCGGAGCCUGCGCCGAAGAAGAGCUCCCCGGUCCCGCAUCAGAGCGCUCCCCUCGUGGUGAGCACCAUAGCGCAAUUGCAGAAAUGCACGACAACGGUGCCGCACCUCUCUCCGCUCUCGAAGCCUACCGAAUUGACCUCGAAUGUCGCGAACGUCUCGCAUCAGCUGCGAACGUUGCUCUCCUCUCUGCAAACAAAUCAUUCGCAAAACUGUACAACCGUGAAUCAAGCGGCGAUCGUAACGAUGGUGUCGUCAUCGCUCUCGGGCCCAAAAAUAGGAAGUAUACUGUCGACGACGAGCACGUCCACCCCACCAAAUUCUGUAAAUAAUCUGCAUAGUAACGCGAACGUUCGUCUGCAGACGUGCAUGACCACCUCUCAUUCGACGACGCCGAGCAAAGCCGACUUAGAGACUACCACAUCUAGUUAUACUCCACAUACAAAAGAAAGUACAAAUUCUACAGUAAGCGUUGUUUCUACUUUGUGUAAAGUCAUGCCUUCGGAUCCAUUUUUACGAGUUACUUCCAGCGGGAUACAGUCGCAACCUAGCAGUAAUCUUUCUCUACAAACGUCGUCUGUGAUCACCCCUAGACCGCCGACCAAUUCCGGGAUCUCGAUAACUUCGAACGCGAUGCUGAACGCGAUGCUGGCCGGUACCAAUUCGGCGAAACCUACCAUCGCCGGUCACCGGACGAACACCGCUCCAACGCAAGCCAGCAAUCUGCUGAGCUCGGUGAUGGCGACUUCGGUGCAACGCACUCAGAGCUUGCAAGCGAUACUGCAAGUAAGCUCGGGGGUUUGCGCGGCCCCGUCCCGUGUCGUUGUUAACGCUACUUCGACCACGGUCACCACGUCCAUGCAGUGCGUUAGAACCAUCGUGCCGCCGAUAGUUACUACGAGCACCAGCAACAUCAACGUCACCACCAGCAUAUUGCAAUCCACGUUGUCGCAGACACCGACUCUUUUGCACUCCCAACUCACUUCUGGACAGAACCAAUACAAAUCGACCGGACACUUAUCGGUGGACGCCAAGAACACCGAUCUCGAGAGACUGGCUCAGAGCACACCCUCGAAGAAAGACCAGGACGAAUCGAAUUGCAAGCCGCAGCAGCCGGUCCUCGAGAAGCCUCCGACCACCAGAUCGGAGUUGGAGAUCAACAAAAGUACCACUGGUUCGCAUAGGAUGGAAGAGUCGCAGAACGUGUUGCUGAAGCAGCUGCUACAGAACACAGCGUGCGCGACAACCACGCUAUCUUCUGGUUCUUCUCAAGGCCCUAGCUUACCGCUGGUACCAUCGCUGGAGGCACAACUGGCAAGACCUGUGCCGCCUACGCCGUUUUCCGUGUUGCCGCCCUUGUUGAACGAGGUGCCGGCACCCAAAGCCACCACCAACAAGCAAGUUCUCACCAGAGAGACGUCGUUUUUAUCGCAAACAGUGACACCAUUGAAGGUACAGAGUCCUCCGACCAAAGAAGAACCACCGAAACCGUCUCAGCCUUUGUCAACCUCUGCGCCGGUCCUGUCGCAGCAACGCGUGGCCGACGGUUUUCCGAAGCAACAACUGACGCCGCAGCAGCCUGCGAAAGCCACCCCUGUCUCGACCCAAGGGAACCAACAGUCGACCACCACCGUCGCCAAACAAGCACCGCCGCUCGCGGCGAAACCUCCUGAAACCACCCCUCCUGUGAAACAGGAGUGCGUCGGUACUCAACCGCAGGCAAAACCUCCCAGUGACUCUGUGAUCAACAACACCGUUCCAGUCUCGCAACAAUGUGUACCGGCUUCUAUGGCUGUCUCGCGAGUCGUUCCUCCCCAGCCGAAGCCCGUGAUCACGACAGUAGCUUGUAAAACUAUACAACAGCCCACGACGACGCAACAAGUAUCGAGUGCUAUCCAAGUGACACAGACAUUGACUACCGUCACAACCACUACCCAGCCGCAACCGCAACCUCAACCUCAGCCCCAGAUACCAGCCACCCCGAAACCCAUUGUUUCGUCUCAACAACCAUCCCCACACGUAAAUACAAUACCGCCAUCAGUGCCUCAUACGGUGUCUCAUACUGUGGGUCACCAAGCCCAGGCGUCACAGGGUGCAAAUGCACAACACGCAGUGCCUUUAGUGGAAGUCAAAAAGGAAGUUCUCGACGAAGUUCUAUCUAGUGGUACACCUACCCAAUUAACCGAUACCAAAGAGUUUCUUACUGCCAAAGAGGAGCUUAUCGAUGGAUCGAUUGACGACAAAACUGAUCUCAAGAAGUUGAAAAGGCGACAGUAUCAACAAAAACGGAAACAAAGCCAGGGAAAAGACGCGGCGGCAGCACCGCAGAAGAAGCGUGCCAGGAAAGUGUCCCGCUUGGACGAGGAUUUUGACACGUUCAUCGAAAAUGUGAUGACGCAAUUACGACAACUUCAGCCAAUGGCAGUAUUAGAACCCCUUCUAGGCAAGAAUUACGGCGUGUGUCCUAUCUUUGGCUCGGGAGACUUGACCAAAAUUGGAAGUCAGAAGGACUACAGUACCAGGACAGGGGACUUAGCGGGUUCCUACGGAUCUGCUACGUUGCCGGGCGUAUCCGACCAUUAUAACACCCAGCCGUUUGGCGAAUUAGAACCAUUACCACCUCAACAACCAGCUUCUACUCAGCGAGGAUUCUACGAUCAAGAAUUUCCUCCUCUGAAACUGGACGACUCCGAUGAGAAGAAAGAAAACUCGUUAUCGGCAAAUCGUGAUGUCGAUUCUCCUGAUACAAUUGUUAGCUCGUCUUCACCCGAAUGCGUCAUUCCAGAGUUCAUCCACCGGUUUCCAGGUUUAAGACUGAUCGAAGAAGAAUCCGACGAGGAAUCCGAUUGGUUGAAACGAGUCUCACCUGUAAUACCUUUAAUCUCACCGAUACCGAUCAGACUUAAACCAACUUACGCCAGGGAUAUGGCUAAGCAGGACAAAGAGAAUCUCGGAAUACCAAGGCUCGGGAAAUCACCUCCAAUACCUCUGAGAGAUGGCAACGUAACAGUUACAUUAACCUUGAACAGUCAGGCCGCAGACGACAUAAUGGGAGUACUUAAAGACUUGGCUAAUAUUUUAAACAUAGCUCCUCCCACUGGUUACCAGAUAGUAGAACGUACCACUACUCCCCCUAGUCAGAAAUUAGGUCUUUAUAGAACCAAGGGAAAAGAUGGUAAAGAGGGAGCUCCGAUUGAUAUACAAAGUAUUUUGAAUGGCGCUGCGAAAUUCUGUCGUCAUUGCGAGGUUGUGAUAUUGAAUAGUUUAAUAAGGAAGAAAGUAUCAGACUUACCAUUCUUAAGUAAGGAAGAAGCGGAGCCUGGCGACGAGUUAUGUUUCUGCUCGGCAGCUUGUUACAUGCAAUUCGCCCUUAUGCAUAGGACACCAUCCAAUACACAAUAUAAGGCUGCAACCAUAGUAGAUCAUCUGUGUCACAAAGUAGAGAAUAAGAUAUUGGACGACAAUUUCAAAAAAGGAAAGAAAUUCUUGGUCAAACCGUCCGUCGAUCCUGUCGAAAAUAUGGAUAUCGAUCAACCGGAAAAGGAAUCGGAAGUGAAGGUGAAGACAGAAAAAGAAGAUCAAGAUGUUCCCGAGAUGAAGGAAGAUGUAAUCGAAGAAAAACGGCCGAAGAAACAUCCGGCCGCGGAGGAGCAUUCGAACGAGUCGAUGGAGACGACACAACCGCCUGCGAAAGUAUGGAGAGGCUUGCGAUAUAAGACUUGGUCGAUCGGCUCGAUGCAACCAUCUACGAAGUAUAAGAAACCCACCGACAAAGAAAUCACGGAGAUGCUUUUCCGCAUGGGGGUGACUGUGGUGCCUGCAAAAGCGGAAGACAGUCGACGGUGUAUGUUUUGUCACAGUCAAGGCGAUGGUACAGCCGACGGUCCCGCUAGGCUACUUAAUUUUGACGUCGAUAAAUGGGUACAUCUGAAUUGUGCUCUGUGGUCGGAAGAUGUGUACGAAACUGUAAAUGGUGCCUUGAUGAAUCUCGAUACCGCUUUGCAACAUAGUCUUGUAUUAAAUUGUAUUCUUUGCGAGAAACCCGGAGCGACAGUAAAAUGUUUUAAAAUGCGCUGUACCAACGUUUACCACCUUGGCUGCGCUGUCAAAGAUGGCUGUGUUUUUUAUAAGAAUAAGAGUACCUAUUGUUCACAACACGUGCAAAAGAACGAGAAAGACAAUGAACUGACGACACUGUCCGUGUACAGAAGAGUGUACGUCAAUCGUGACGAAAACAGACAAGUCGCAGCUGUGAUGCAUCAUUCGGAACACAAUCAUCUUCUGAGAGUCGGCAGCCUAAUAUUCUUGAGCGUUGGUCAGCUACUUCCACAUCAACUCGCCAACUUUCACACACCGAAUUACAUAUAUCCAGUCGGCUACAAGAUCGUUCGAUUUUAUUGGAGUAUGAGGAGGCCGAACAAGAGAUGUCGAUACGUCUGUUCCAUCCACGAUGUCUCCGGUCGGCCCGAGUUUCGGGUGUUGGUACAGGAACCGCUUCAAGAAGACGUCGAGUUACGGGAUGCCACGCCUCGCGCUGUCUGGAACCGGAUUCUCGAGCCGCUCGCAGAGUUACGAAGAUCGACGCACAGUGUCCAGUUAUUCCCGCGCUAUGUCUCCGGCGAGGAUUUGUUCGGAUUGACCGAGCCAGCGGUCGUCCGUGUUCUCGAAAGUCUUCCAGGCAUCGAAACCUUGACCGACUACAGAUUUAAAUACGGUCGGAACCCCCUGUUAGAAUUACCAUUAGCGAUUAAUCCCACCGGCAGCGCCAGGACCGAGGCUCGUCUGCGAAAUCAGCUUCCUUGGAAGAGGCCGCACACACAGCGCACAGGAUCUUCGGCCCGGGCCACCUUCGUCCCUACAGCCACCGUCGCGGGCGAGGUGGCCUGUCCCUAUUCAAAGCAAUUCGUUCAUUCCAAAAGCUCGCAGUACAAGAAGAUGAAACAAGAAUGGCGCAACAACGUCUACCUGGCACGCUCGAAAAUCCAGGGCUUGGGACUGUAUGCUGCGCGCGACUUAGAGAAACACACUAUGGUCAUCGAGUACAUUGGAGAGAUCAUUCGUACCGAGCUGGCCGAGACUAGAGAGAAGCAGUAUGAAGCAAGGAAUCGAGGUAUUUAUAUGUUUCGCCUAGACGAAGAAAGAGUGGUAGACGCGACAUUGUGUGGAGGUCUCGCGAGGUACAUCAAUCACUCUUGUAACCCGAAUUGUGUCGCUGAAAUCGUAGAGGUCGAACGUGAUCUUAGGAUCAUUAUCUUUGCAAAGCGAAGAAUCUCACGUGGCGAGGAGCUGGCAUAUGAUUAUAAAUUCGACAUUGAAGAUGACCAGCACAAGAUAGCAUGCGCAUGUGGCGCGCCUAACUGCCGCAAGUGGAUGAACUAAAGCUCGAUCCACCGUUGUUAUUGUUACUACGUUAUUGGGUAGGUUUUACAUGAAGAAAAAAAAUAUAUAAAUAUAUAUAAAUAUAUAUAUAUUAUAUAUAUAUGAUAGACACAUUAUUUAAUUUGUAAAGUGCCAUUGCAGUUUGACUAAUUGAUUCAUAGUGAAGUUGGUGCUAUGCCAUCACAACAUUCCUCCAAAGUUGUACAAUAUUAGUUUUACUUUACAAAACAUAGAAACAUUGAUCGCUUGUAUAUUACGGAUACAAUUGAGGACACGACGCGAGAUAAUUGCGAAAUAAAUUUUAUGAGUCGUGUGUAUGUAUACAGGAAGUUUGUAUCUUUGUAUGUUGAGUAGAGUCAACGUUUAGUUGACCGAUAUUGUAAUAUAAAUCGUUUAUUAAUUAUUAUUGCAUAUACAUUGCACUGUAUCUGUACAUAAGUAGAGAUCCAUGUUAUUUUGAAUCACCAGAUGAAAUAUGUAAAGUAAACAGUAUCUAAUUUAGAAUUAUAUACAAUUAUAACUAUUUCAUUAUAUGAUAAUAAAUCCGUACAAAAUCUACUGAUA